AUGCCGCUCCUCCUCCUGCUCCCCCUCCGCUCCUCCGCCCCGCUCCGGCGCCUCCUCCUAUGCCGCUGUUGCUCCUCCUCCUCCGCGGCCCCCUCCCCCACCGGUCUGGCCACGUACCGUCGCGCCUUCGCCCGCCGCAUGGCCCUCGCCGGGGUCCACCCGCACCACCGCGUCGCGGUGGGGGUCUCCGGGGGGCCGGACUCCAUGGCGCUCUGCGUGCUGGCGGCGGCGUGGAAGAGGGCCGGGGAGGAGCGAGAGGGCGGGGGAGCGGGGAAUGCCUCGGGGUUCGUGGACGGGCUCCUGGGGGUCGUCGUCGACCACGGGCUGCGUCCUGAGAGCGCCGACGAGUCGCGGCUGGUGCGUGAUCGGGUGCGCGGCAUGGGUGUUAUGUGUGAGAUUGCUACAUGUGACUGGCCGGAUGGGCGACCAAAGCAGGGGCAUAUUCAAGAAGCUGCCCGUGAAAUGAGGUACCAAAAACUGUUGGACAUCUGUAUAAAGCAACAAAUAGCUGUCUUGCUUAUCGCACACCACUCUGAUGAUCAGGCCGAACUCUUUGUUAUGAGACUAUCUCGCAACAGUGGGGUUUUAGGGCUUGCUGGCACAGGCUUUGUAUCUCAACUGUUUGCACCUAAUUUAAGAUAUGAUGGAGAUAACUUCAGUCGUUAUGGUAUCAUUCUUGUCCGGCCGAUGCUUGAAUUUUCAAAAGAUGACAUGUAUAAGAUAUGUCAAGGAAGUAAUCAUCUGUGGGUCGAAGAUCCAACAAAUAACAGUAUGCUGUAUGUUAGGAACAGAAUUCGCGCAUCUUUGAGAAGCUUAUCCAUAGAAGGUACCUUUCAGUCAGAGCUUCACAAACUGAUCUCUGCAUGCCGGUUGACACGAGCAUUUAUAGAUAAUGCCUGUAGUGCAGCUUUAAAGAAUUCUUUAACACUAAUGGAGCAUGGAUAUGCUGUCAUUGACCUGGAAAAACUUGACCCACAUAAUGUUGAUGAUCUGUGUCUUUCACAAUAUUUGGCAUAUGUAUUACAGUUUGUUUCACAAAGGCACAGGCCACUCCGUGGUAGAUCUGCUCGAUUGCUCAUGGAUUACAUCCGUACUGUUCCCUGCAAGGCUGCCCUGACUGUAGCUGGUUGUUACCUUGCUGCUGUUCCAAGGUCCAAGGGUACAAAAGUACUUGUCUGUUGUUCUGUUGACCUGAUGGAGUCAUCUUCUGUUGAUAUGUCCUACAAGUGUUCCUAUGUAAAGCAUCCACUACCAGUAUCUGAGAUCAACCAGAUAGUCUCUGAAGCACGCUUAUACUCUGAUCAAUAUCUGCAGAACUACCCAAACAUACCUUUUCUGAGUUCUAAAUUUUCAACUGAUGUUCUGAAUAAGGCAAAGGAUCUCAAGCUAAUGGAUGAUUGUACGUUAGAAAAACUUAAUUACUUGCGAACAGAUGAACAUAGAAAAUUUAUUACAACAAAAGAGCACAAACAUGAAGAACAGUAUUCGGAUAAAACAAGCUUUCCUUAUUUGAAAGCUUUAAACAUCUGGCCUGGUGAAACAUGCCACUUUAUGGGCAGAUUCUUGAUUACAUGGAGAACUUCGGAAGUUGUUGUGAACGGAAUGUGUUUGCAUGACAAUAAAAAGCAAAUUUGCCAGUAUUGCAUGGUGAAUCCUGAUGGAAGUCUUGCUGUUAGGAAUAUGUGUGACGCUGAUUGGUUGUUCCUUGCUGAAGUUUGUAAAAUCCAUUCUUUGGAAGAGAAUAAGAAUGAUUCAAAUGCUUUCUGUAACAAAUUGGAGGAUGAUAAACUCGUGCAGCACUCUAAAUAUUUGCAAUUGUCAGCAAUGAAGUCUCUUGAGAUCCUGAGAUCUAUUCCAGCUCCUGCAAGGCGGAUGCUACCGGUAUUGACCAACUCACGAGGUGAAAUACUGAGUAUACCGAGUAUUGACUUCCGAUGUUGCCCAAGCCUAUCAAUUGAAGCAGUAUUCAUUCCAAAAGUACCACUUGGUGGAGGAUACACUUCAUAUUUAUAAGUGGUUGAUUUUGAUUGAUGAAAAAAAUGAAGCAUCAAGUGUAUUAUAAGUGCUGCUGAGAUAUAAGCGCCUGCUGGCGAUACAAGGCACUUCUCAGU